CCAGGCGGAGAGAGAGAGAGAGAGAGAGAGAGAGUAGGCUACUGAAGGUGGGUCAGUAGAGCGGACUGCUGCUGAUGUCGCUGGUCGACAAACAGCAAGUCUUCCUUCGCGACAGAAGUGUGUUAGGUGAAUAAAACCUGCAAAUUCGGCUUUAUACUGCUUUCAACACAUCUUAGAGUGAAUAACCCAAGAUGAUAUCGGACAUGAAGAACUCGGCUGUGCCCUUGUGCGCUCGAGCGCUUUUCUUAGCUCAACUUCUGGCUUCAUUCCUCUUCAGCCCUGCGCUAGGCCAAAAUGAUGGCAGUGGCGUGGUGGUGGCCACGUACAAUAUCAGCGCCCCGCAAGGAUCUCAGGCGGAAUUGCAGUGCCAUAGUCAGCGAAUGGUGUGGACACAAGACCGCUUAAAGGAUCGCCAAAGGGUAGUGCACUGGGAUUUACUUCGUAGUGGCCCAGACCACGCAAUGGAACGUGUUAUAGACAUGUUUUCUGCUGGAGACCAGCGCAUCUACAACGGCUACAACCAGGGACGCAUUAACAUGUCCAAGACUGCUUUUAAGGAUGGCAACUUCUCUUUGGUAAUCAAAGAUGUUGCAAUGAGUGACAAAGGAAUCUACUCCUGUAACCUGCAUCAUCAUUACUGCCAUCUGUAUGAGUCAAUCAAAGUUCAGCUCAAUGUCACCAGAUCAGCACGUAAGGAGAGGCGGUUUUGGGAUGGUCAGAAGGCAGUGUUUGUAGUUCUGGUGGGCGGCACGGUGGCUCUCCCUUGCGUUAACCGCCGGCCCAUCUGGACAGAGGGCAACAGUCAGGAGGACCAACAACAAGUGGUGCACUGGGAUCGUCAACCUCCAGGGGUCCGACACGACCGUGCCGAUCGGCUCAUCGACCUGUACGCUUCUGGUGAGAGGCGUCACUACGGACCGCUGUUUGUUCAGCAAAAGAUGAAUAUUUCUGCCACAGCGUUCUCGCAGGGAGAUUUCUCCCUGACCAUCUCAGACAUCCAGCCCCUGGAUCAGGGGCUAUACUCCUGUCAUCUCCACCAUCACUACUGCGGCCUGCACGAGAGACGCAUCUUCCAGCUUACCGUGAUGCCUCCGGUCCCUCAGAUCCCUCAGGAACCCACAGAUGAACCUCAAUAUCUUCCCAAUGAAGAGCCAAACACCAAUAUGGUAGAAGUGCCGCCACAUGUAAUCAACGUCAUCUUGCCAGAGCAAAGGAAUCACUUCCUGCAGCAGCUGGGCUACAUCCUGGCAAUUCUCCUCCUACUGGCCCUUGUUGUGUUGGCUAUCAUUCUCCUGACGUGUCACCGGAAAAGACAAGGCCUAGAUUUUGAUCCACGAAAAGUCGAAAGCCCUCCUCUGCCAACGGUGACGUAUGUGGGCCACACAUCAUGUGUUAAGAAAGAAUGUGAGCGAAGCAUCACAGAUGUGAAGUCAAGCAACCAAGAGGAGACGAAACUGGACUACAAGAACAAUCUUCUGAAGGAAGCGGAAAUGUCCAAACUUUGCUCCCCAAAAGCCAUUGACCUGGACAGAGAGAUGGAGAAGCCUUCUUGGAAAUAAGAGGUACUUUGCCACUGGCUGGUCCAGGGGCAGAUUUGGUCAAACUUGGGUGACUUUGGGAUGAAGAAUGAAAUGUGGAGAGUGACAAUAUGGCAAGGAUAUAAGUGAAAAGGAGAGAAAGACACAGUUGUAUAGUUUUUUCCUGACUUAAGAUGCUUCAUAUUUUUUGCUCUUGUGAAGCUUGCAGGAAGCACCAGAGUCUCAACAGCAGUAUUUUUGACAACUGUUUCAGAGCACUAAAACAACAAGCAAAAAUCUUAAAAAUGCAAGAAGAUAGUCUGCAUUUUUUUUACUGAAUUUGCCCAAUGCUGCCACACACUUUAUGAGUGAGAAUUAUACACACCCAGAAUAAUGUGUCUUGAGUGUCAGAAUGUUUUUAUACUGGUGUGAGAUUUGGGCUAUGUAAGGAUGAGGCCUUGCAGAGGCUUUGACAUGAAAUGCUAGCUCAGAAGCUUUAUGUGAGGAAGAACCUUCUUAUUCAUUGUGGAAUCAAAAUAGCUUUGCAGUUUUAUAUGAUUUUGUAAUUAAAAGUCCACAGCUGUAUGGUACAAAUAUUGCAGAAGUUAUUGCUACAUCACAAAAUGCAUUUUUAAUGCUUUGUUCAUGUUUUUUUUUUUCUCAGUAGGUUUAAGCUGUGCUUUUUGAAAGCUACAAUUCAUAAACAUACUUUAAUGCAAGCAUCUGAAUACCUUUACUGUGUUAUAUGAACAGCAUGAUUAUUAAAAGGUCUGUUUUAAUAACCUUGCUAGGUCAAGUGUAAUUUGCUUAAAAUGUUGAUCUGUCUCUGUAUAAUUUAGCCCAGACUCAAUUCUGAAUUUUAUAUGCUGGUUUUGUAUAACAGUUUUAAACAUGAUAAAUGUUAAGUAGAAAAUUAAAGUCUACAUUCUUAUUGGUGUAUGAGAGCACAGUCAGCUUAGCCAAAAUAUUUCAUACUGUAAGUCAUCAUAAUAUUAUAAACCCAUUUAAAUAAGUUUUUUUUUUUUCCUUUUGAUAUUUAUUCCCAUCACUAACUGUGUUACAACUAAAAAGCUACAUUUCAUUUAAUGUAUAACAUAUUCUAUUACAGUUUUUGUAUCCUGUUAUGCUAUCUCUGUUAUCAACUUUUUCAUGUUAUCAUUUGUAUAUUUUCAUGCUUACUUUUCUCAUGUUACAAACCUUACUACUUGCCGUUGUCACCGUUUAUUUGAAUAUUCUAGCGUUUAAUGUAUUUGCUUUCAUCCAUAUUUGCAGCUUUGAGUUAAUUUGAGGUCAAACAGUUAAGUGUGAAACUGAUGCAAAUGCAUCAAGGUACAUGUACAACAUACAAAUAAUUGAAUUUUAAUAGCA